UUUGCGUUAUUGGCAGAAUCGGCUUCCGUAGUCACAACUAAAGCUUGUCAUGCGCGCAUGCGCUGUGAGGUAGUGUUAGAAAAUGGCAGACGUCUCUUUGGAUGAAGUGAUACGACGGCGCGGUAUUAAUCUCAAGGCACCAGCUAAAAGGCCAAUGUUUGGACGGGGUGCAGGAGGGAUUGGCAAGAGCUUUGAUGCUCGCCAGAAGAUUGGUGUUAAUGAUGUCAGACAGCGGCUUGGAGGAGGAGCAGGGUUUCCAGUGAAAGAUGCCAGAGAAAAGCUCGGUCAGAAAGAUGCUCGCUUCAAAAUCCGAGGCAGGGGAGGAGCAGGAGGAGUGCAGGAUGCUCGUCAGAUGAUCAACUCACGCAAACAGGGGCAGAAUCAGUUCAGUGUUCCGGCCCAGACUACGCAAAUGACCGCAGUAACCCACCAACUACAGAGCCAGACACUUGUGCCACAGAUACAGAUACACACCAGCAACAAUCUUGCUGGUGUGAACACAAGGCAGUUUUCCCCAAAUUUACAAGGACUGAGUGUGAGGGGCAGUGCAACGCCCCAACCGAGCAGUAAUAAGAGAAUGAUGGAUGCUCGUGAUCGGUUGAGCCUCAAGAGGAGCAUUGGAGGGACACAGACACAGGCAGUUACUGCACCACCCCUAAAAAUAACCAAGACCAUACAGCAACGUCCCGUCGGAAUGUCUGGGGGAAUAAGAGCAGCGACACAGCCUGUUCCAAAUGAGCGUGAUGGUAUCUCCAGUAAACAAAUAAAGAUCACUACAGCUAACAGUAUGCUGCAAUCACGGCCUGGGACAGUGGGCUCUGCAUUCUCCAUGUCAGCCCCCAUCACCAAGGUGGUUAAAAAUGAUGCGUACACAGCCCCUCGUGCUCCUGUCCCCGUGGCUCCCACCCGGCCCAAUACCAGCAUGGCUGCUAACAGGUCCUCAGCUGCAAAUUUACAGCCAGUUUCCAGGACUCUCCAGCAUAGCACAGCAGAAACCAGCACGACAGCUCCUGCUCCCCCUCAGCCUGCUUUCAGUCCUUUGGAGGGUACAAAAAUAACAGUGAACAACCUGCAUCCCCGGGUCACUGAGGAAGACAUAGUUGAACUGUUCUGUGUGUGUGGAGCCUUGAAGCGAGCACGACUGGUGAAGGUGGGCGUGGCUGAAGUGGUGUUCGUACGUAAAGAGGAUGCCGUGAGCGCAUACAGGAAGUACAACAACCGCUGCCUGGACGGCCAACCCAUGAAGUGUAACCUUCAUAUUCAGGGAAAUGUCAUCACUUCUGAUCAGCCCAUUCUAUUGAGGCUGAGUGAUACUCCGGGCACAGGCAGUGGAUCAAAAAAAGACGGUUUGCCCUCGUCCUUGUCUCGUCCCGCUGGCCAGCGAGCCUCCUCUCAGCCCACUCCAGAGGUGGACCCCCAGACCAUCCUCAAAGCUCUGUUCAAGUCCACCGCACAGUCCACCUCCACCACUGAGCCCCCCAGCUCACAGGCCACUGCCUUCCGCAUCAAGAUAUAGCCCAUGUCUAGCGUGAAUACACUGUCUGUUCAUAAACGUAUAACUGCAUCUUGUUGUUCACAUACAAACUGUGUUUUUCACCUUGACAACAGGCGGCCUGUGCUCUCAUAUGAAGCUGAUUUUUACACAUUUGAUAUACAUGACUGCUCUGAAAACGAAACUCAUGGACAUGCAAGAUGUUUUCUGUUUUGUUUUAUUCAGAUGUUACACAUUUGUGUCUUAGAUGGACCGGUGGAUAGAAGUAUGACGUGAUUUGCUUUUUGUUUUUUAAUCCAAUGUGGUGAGUGAUGCUAAAUCAAAUUGGAUAAGUAGGGAUGUGUUUAGUUUGUUUUUUUUUGUUUUUUUGUCAGUUUGUAAUCCCAUUUGGAUAUAUUACAAUUAUUUUUAAUAUACUCCAGCUUAACUUUACAUACACAUCAAAAAAGGAGAAGGGGCAAUAAAUAUUUGGAAAAAAACAAUUGACCGACAAGCAACAUUGUCAUCAUUGAGUGAUGCAUUCAGGUCCUGUGCAUUCACACAGGUGUAUUCAGUUAUAUUGUCUGUACCCCUGUUUAGAUUGUCUGGGUGAGUAGAGACCAUAGAAAUAGAAGGAAAUGUGGACCAAACAAACAGAACACAAUACAGCAGGUGCAAUCUCUGUCUAGUGUGGCAGUACAGUCAAAUUGUCCUCAGCCAAUCUUGGCCACAACUCUACCUAACUUGCAUCUGUUAAGAGCUCUUCCCAGCUGAAAUAACUGAAGACACUUGUGUUAGUAAAUCAGGAAUGGACAGAAAUGUAGAUAACAUAAUUUCCGUGAGCCCGUUUUCAAACAGUCAUAUUUUGUUCAUAUUCUGUUUUUACCAUCCUCGUGACAUUCAGCUUCUCGCGUGCUCCGUGACUGGUUUUACUUUGUUGGUCAGUUUUGAAGCAGUCUAUUUUAAAUACUUUCUUGUAUACAUUACACUCAAUUUAUUUUCAGGACAUGUCAAGAAGAGACUACAGAGGUCGAAUCUGUCAGUGAAAUGUCGCCAUUAAAUAUUAAGCUUUGUAGA